UCCAAAUUCCACCUCCCUUCCCGUUCCGCCAUGCUCCUCUGUUACUUCCCCGCUCUCUCUCUCUCAUCCAUCUCCUCCCUUUUCCUCUUCCGCCACCACUUUCUUCACUUCUCAAGAAUUUUCCUAAUCAAUUCGCUUUUCUUCAUCCAUUUCUUCAAACGGAUCUUCGAGGUAAUUUUUCCCAACACUUUCUACAUCAUGAAUCUCCAUUGUUUCAAGUUCUAUUCGUUCACAAAUACAGCAACAAGAUGGCUCUAAACGACGCGAUUAUGACCUCAGUUUCCUACUUACUCUUCACCAGUAGUAUUAUCUAUGCUCAGAUGGUUUCACAGGAUCUAGCAGAGCCAGAGAUUGAUCUGAAGGUCGUGGGAUUAGCAAUGUACGGGAUUGGAAUCGCUGUUAAUUUCUAUCACCACAUUCUACUGUCGAGAUUGAGAAGAGAAGGUGAUCGAGAGUACAAAAUUCCAAGAGGAGGGUUGUUUAAGGUGAUCGUGUGCCUUCACUAUCUGUUUGAGAUUGUGGAAUUUCUCGGAAUCGCUUUGGUUUCACAAACAUUGUUCGCAAUGGUGUUCGUGCUCGGAUCGACAUUGUUCUUGAUUGGAAGAAGCUACGCCAUCAGAUUUUCCUCACCAUGUUAAGGUCAUUCUCCUCUUUGUUUUCUGAAAUUCUUCUAUUCCCAAUCUUGGAAUCAUCUAUGCCCUCAAUAAUGUAUCUAGCCAUCUACCCUGUUUAAUUUUUAUAUGUAUACUAAAAAAAUGAAUAAAUUAUAUCAUAUUUCACAACAAAAUAUAUAGUACAUUGAUUAAA